AUGGUGGGUUCAACAAGGCAAAGCCUGCCUUCAUGGAUUGGAGCAGUAACGGCAACAAGAAAAGCGGAAUUAGAACAAAACGUAAAUAAUAUGGUAAAAGAGGAGCCUUCUGGCAAGAAACAGCACCAGGAAAUGUCAAAAUCCCAACUUUCGGAUGAGAAUUUAGGGUUUGGAGAGAGGGUUUUUUCCGCCGCCGGAGCCGCCUUCCUCUCCGCAAUCAUCGUCAACCCUCUUGACGUUGCCAAGAUUAGGUUGCAAGCUCAGGCUGCUGGUGUCCCUUAUGAUGGUCUAUGUCAAACAGCUUGCUUCGAUACGAAUGCGAUGCUUCCAGAUAUGAAAUAUGACUCAUCAGUCAUUGCAAAGCAACCGAGAUGCUCCCCUGAUUGUUCACGUUACAAGGGAACAUUCGAUGUAUUCUACAAAGUUGUGCGCCAGGAAGGAUUCACAAAACUGUGGAGAGGAACUAAUGCCAGUUUAGCUCUGGCAAUCCCUUCUGUGGGCAUCUAUAUGCCACUUUAUGAUAUUUUUCGCAGCUACAUGGAAGUUCUUACGAGACAGGAUGUCCCGAUUUUGACACCAUAUGUUCCCCUAGUUGCUGGCUCCUUAGCACGCUCAGUAGCUUGUAUCACUUGUUACCCUAUUGAGCUUGCAAGAACACGCAUGCAGGUGUUCAAACAUAGCAAAGCUGGUGUGAAGCCCCCAGGUGUUUGGAAUACUUUGAAUGGAGUUGUCUGUCCUGUGCAGAGUGCAAAUAAUCAUCAAUCUUUAGUACAAAGAUACCGCUUCUUAUGGACUGGCCUUGGAGCACAACUUGCCCGUGAUGUUCCUUUCUCUGCUAUUUGCUGGUCAUCUCUGGAGCCUCUUAGAAGAAGAAUUUUGAGCAGGAUAGGAGACAAAGCUAGUGUGUCCAGCGUCCUUGGGGCAAACUUUUGUGCUGGUGUUGUGGCAGGAAGCCUUGCAGCUGCUGCCACGUGCCCUCUAGAUGUUGCAAGGACCCGGCGGCAGAUCGAGAAAGACCGCAUGCGGGCAUUGACAAUGACCACAAGACAAACCUUGAUUGAGAUCUGGAGGGAUGGAGGUUUGAAGGGACUAUUUACUGGAGUAGGUCCACGAGUUGCUCGAGCCGGCCCUUCGGUCGGGAUUGUGGUUUCCUUUUAUGAGGUGGUCAAAUAUUCAUUGCAGUACAGAAAAUCGGGGUAA